AUGGUGUUGACGAAGCGCUAUGAGUACUCCCCGCUGGAGGAAAUAUUUUUCCCCAAGCGGAUUACAAACGUGCAAUGUUACACUGAUGAAGAUUUAUCCUUGGGAAGGGAAGGACAAAAGCGGAAGGGGAACCUUCCCAUGUCUCAGCAGAAGAAGACCCACCUGAGCGGACGAAGGGAGAAGAACCUCCCCCCCAAUAUUAACCAGAUAAAAGACCAACUGCUGCAGCCGGACCUCUCCCUAGAAUUGUGCCAACGGAAAAAAAAUUACUACCUGAACACGAGGCACGCAAGCCAUGUGCAGAGCUACCUCUUCUUUUAUGACUACCGCAAGUGCUUCCUGAACAUGGAUGGCAAGAUGUUCAUCGACCGGCACCCCGUGCGGAUACGAAACGACGGCACGAAGCGAGACGAGCGGCUGAACAAAGUCAUCCCCGUGCAGAACUACAACUCCUUCAUCUACGCCUACAACAUAUAG